AUGGAACAACUCCAGCCAAGCGCCGCUAACUCUUCUCCUCUAACACCACUUGGUUUCUUGGACAGAGCAGCCACCGUUUACGGCGACGUCCCUUCCAUCAUCUACAACCACACAACCUUCACCUGGGCCCACACGCGCCGCCGAUGCCUCCAGCUCGCCUCCGCCCUCAUCUCCCUCGGCAUCCGCCGUGGCGCCGUCGUCUCUGUCCUCGCCCCUAACAUCCCCGCCAUGUACGAGCUCCAGUUUUCAAUCCCAUUCGCUGGCGCUGUCCUCAACAACAUCAACCUCCGUCUCGACGCCCGCACCAUCUCCAUCAUCCUCCGUCACGCGAACUCCUCCCUCGUCUUCGUCGACUGUGCCUCACGCGACCUUAUCCUUGAAGCCUUAUCCCUCUUCCCUGAACACCACACUCAACGCCCACUCCUUGUGCUCAUCACCGACGACACUGUCGAAAACGCAAGCGCUUUAUCCACUGCUGAUUUCGUUGACACAUAUGAGGGCCUCGUUAGCAAGGGCGAUCCCAACUUCGAGUGGGCCCGACCCAACUCCGAAUGGGACCCCAUGAUACUUAACUAUACGUCUGGAACGACGUCGUCUCCGAAAGGCGUUGUUCACUCCCACAGAGGGACGUUUAUAGUCUCUCUCGACACGCUUAUCGACUGGGAGGUUCCGAAGAGCCCGAUUUAUCUCUGGACGCUUCCGAUAUUCCACGCUAACGGCUGGAGCCUCCCGUGGGGAAUCGCUGCCGUGGGCGGCACCAACAUAUGCGUCCGCAAGUUCGACGCCGGGAUUGUUUACUCGCUCAUAAAACUCCAUCACGUCACACACAUGUGCGGCGCGCCGGUGGUGCUCAACAUGUUGACAAACUCCCCGGACAAUAAACCGUUGGAGAAACCGGUUCACAUCCUCACCGCGGGAGCACCGCCCCCAGCGGCCGUGCUCCACCGGACAGAGGCGCUCGGAUUUGUGGUGAGCCACGGGUACGGGCUUACCGAAACUGGGGGCUUGGUGGUGUCGUGCGCGUGGAAGGAGAAGUGGAACCGUCUUCCGGCGACCGAGAGGGCUCGGCUGAAGGCGCGGCAGGGGGUGAGGACGGUGGGGAUGGCGGAGGUGGACGUGGUGGGUCCCAACGGGGAGAGCGUGAAGCGCGACGGGGUUUCCAUCGGGGAGGUUGUGAUGAGAGGAGGGUGCGUGAUGUUGGGAUACCUUAAAGACCCGGAAGGAACAGCGAGUUGUUUUAAAAACGGUUGGUUCUACACUGGGGAUGUCGGGGUGAUGCACGAGGACGGGUACUUGGAAAUUAAGGACAGGUCAAAGGAUGUUAUUAUCAGCGGCGGCGAGAACCUGAGCAGUGUGGAGGUGGAGUCGAUUUUGUACGGGCACCCGGCGGUGAUGGAGGCGGCUGUGGUGGCUCAGCCGCAUGAGUAUUGGGGGGAGACGCCGUGCGCGUUCGUGAGCCUGAAGGCGGGGAUAAAAGAGAAACCCAGCGAGAAUGACAUAAUAAAGUACUGUAGGGAGAAGAUGCCGCGGUAUAUGGUUCCGAAAUCAGUGGUUUUCAAGGAUGAGCUUCCGAAGACAUCGACUGGGAAGAUCCAGAAGUUCGUGCUGAGACAGAUUGCGAAGGACUUGGGGUCCUACACGCAAAGUCGAAUGUGA